AUGGACGAAAUAUCGUUGCUGAAGAAACGCACUUCAGCUGAAGCUCUGCACAACAUGACUCGCAAUGAGGACCCCAACCCACCGACGUCCAAACUAAAACGAUCUUUCUCACUUAAGCGUGACCUAAUACGCAACAAACACGUGAAACCUGGCGAUGUAGAGGAUGCUAGACUAAAGUUGUCGAUGCUGAGGAAACCGUCAUCAUGGAACAAGGUACUUGGGAAAAUGUUGCAGAAAAUGUCAUACCUAGGCUUACAACAAGACAAGAGCAAUCUAUGUUCCAAGUAUGAUGCUUAUGUCUCACGCUCGUCAACAGACAUCUACAACGAUAACACCUAUCAAACUCCAAAAAUUUUAAGCGGUGACAAAGUUCCGGGUGUGGUUGGUCUACGUAACCAAGGAAAUACAUGUUUCAUAAAUGCUGUAUUACAGUGCUUAAGUCAUACAGAUGUUCUAGCCAGAUAUUUUGUUAUGGAUCAAUACAAAAUGGACCUUACUCGAAGAAAUAAGUUGAACUCAAAAAAAUAUGGUACACGCGGAGAGAUGACUGAACAGCUGGCAUUAUUAUUGAAAUCUAUAUGGCUAUGCAAAUAUGACCCAGACAUGUCAAAUCAAUUUAAAACAAUUGUAGACAAAUAUGGUACCCAAUAUCGAGGAAAUAAUCAGCAUGACGCACAAGAAUUCUUAUUAUGGCUUUUGGAUAAGGUUCAUGAAGAUUUAAACAUAGCUACAAAAAAAAAAUAUAAAACAAUUAGAAACACAUUUGGGAGGCCUGAUGAGCAAGUAGCAGCUGAGACACUUGCUAAUCAUAUACGUUGCAAUGAGUCCUUUAUACAUGAUGUAUUUCAAGCCCAAUUUAAAUCCUCACUUACAUGUCCGCGCUGCAUGCGUCAAUCCAAUACAUUCGAUCCCUUUUUGUGUAUAUCAAUACCAGUACCACAAUGUUAUUCAAUGCCCGUUUUUAUAACUGUUAUUUAUACUUCCCAACAACCAAGAGAUGUUAAACUUGGAUUGUCUCUUCCAGUUGAUAGUAGUAUAGCUGAAUUUCGAGAGUUAUUAUGGUCUUAUACUGGUAUAUAUCAAGAGCAUAUGUUAAUUACUGAAAUAACUGAUAUCGGUUUUAAUCGAACAUUUUGUGAUUCUAUGCCAGCAUCUAUGAUAAAAGAAUCAGAUCCCUUAUACUGUUUAGAACUCCCAAAAUUGAAUGACUGCAGUAACGAGAGUGGACCUUACUUAUUACUGUGUUGGGUUAAUAUUCUUGUUGUUGAAGAUCAAUGUUCAAGAUUUGGAAGUGCUUAUACCAUGCAAAUAUGUCGUGAAACAUCCUAUAAGGACCUUCAAAAACUUUUAUUGAAAGAAAUGGCAGUGAUGUUACAUGAUGAUAUAUUAACAACUGAUCAAGAAAUACCAUUAUUUGGUAUACGAUUGGCUGAUGCAAGUGAUUUACCUCAAUAUUUAGAUCCAACAGUUGAAUUACCUCUUUUUACCGAUCCAAUUGAUCAAGCAUUAGCUAUGUCUGGAGAUCAACCUCAUGUAAAAUUAAUUCUUGAGUGGAAUCUCCAUGCUAAGGAAGCAACGAUUGCCGAUCAUUGUGAUCAAGUUGAAGAGCAUGCCAGUGUAAAACAGCUUAAAUUAAAUUCUGAAAAGGGAACAUCUAUUACGCUUGAACAGUGUUUUGAUCUGUAUACAAAAGAAGAGGUAUUAGGACCAGAAAAUGCUUGGCAUUGUCCACAAUGUAAUCUUAAACAAGAAGUUGUGAAGAAACUUGGCUUAUGGACUUUACCUGAUAUUCUGGUGGUUCACCUAAAACGGUUUAGACAAUCUCUUUCACUACCGUCAUCUCGACAGCACAAUAACAGGCAACCAACAAAACUUUCAGUACUUGUAGAUUUCCCUUUGUUUAGUUUUGAUAUGACCCCACAUUUAGCUAUAGGUCGGGAUGUUAGGGUACCACUGAAGCCUCUAGCUUCUCGUCGAUUAUCUUCUAUACAGGAUCGUAACCUAUAUGAUCUUUAUGCUGUAUGCAAUCAUCAUGGAUCAGAUCCUCAUAGUGGACAUUAUACUGCAUUUUGCAAAAAUCCAUAUGAUAAACAAUGGUACAGUUUUGAUGAUACUAAAGUUACACCAAUACCUGAUACUUCUCUGGUCACGACAUCAGCAUACAUGUUGUUUUACCAACGGCGAGAUAUGAUUCUCAAUAAUUCUGACCAUUGGGCCACACGGUUACAUGCACACAUAUCAAAUAGCCAUUCGGUUGGACAAAUAGUUGAUAAUAUAGAGCACAAUAACGAUGAUAUUGCAGAGUUAAGUGAUUCACCAUCAAGUCAUACCAUUUCCAGGUCAUCGACAGUUGAAAAUGAUAUGGUGUUUUCGAGACCAAGUUCACCUAUGGUAAAUGGUAGAAGGCCGUCUGAUCUUUCUCUUGAUGAUACCGAAAAAAAUUUCAAGAAACUUUUACAUAAUGCUAAAGAAUCGUGUAUUUAA